AUGCAGACAAAAGACGAGACAGGUACGUCGGUCGCGGAGGAGAGCGGCCAGGGAAACCGCUUUCAGCUGAAAAAAUGGAACGCCGUUGCGCUAUGGUCCUGGGAUAUUCAGGUGGACACGUGCGCUAUCUGUAGAAACCACAUCAUGGAUCUGUGCAUCGAAUGCCAGUCCAAUCCGUCGUGCACACCGAAGGACUGCACGGUAGCGUGGGGUGCCUGCAACCACGCGUUUCAUAUGCAUUGCAUUUCUCGAUGGCUAAAGACUCGAAAUGUGUGUCCUUUAGACAAUAAGGAGUGGGUUUACCUUCGAUAUGGCGCGUAA